AAUCCUGUCCUUGUUGGAAGGCCAAACGUUAAGGUUGGCACUGAGUACUUUGGAAUGCGUAACACUAACUUUUCUUCUAAUCCAAUCAGGGAAAUGGACCGGCCAUUUGAUAGCGAUUCACCAGUUUUUGAAACUCCCAUUGCAAUGAUCCCUCCCUCAAAUCCAAUACUUUCUUCUGAAGGUAUGACACUGGAUGGGAGAAAGAGUUGGAAAGAAAAAUCCUCUCUCGAGGCACACCAGAGAAAUCCAGAAUCUUUAUCAAUUGAUGAUCGUUCUUCUUGUACGGUUGACAUAGCUUCUUCAGAGCUUGGAGAGGUGAAACUUUCAUUUAGUUGUAGCUCCAUGCAACCAGAUUUCCGCAUGCCUAGCUUGGAGUCUGUCUUGAAAUGUGUUGAGGAUAGAUGCUUGAAUUCAUAUAGGAUCCUACACCCGGACUUUUCUCUCAUGAAUCUCAUGAAAGAAAUGUGCUCAUGUUUUAUGGAGUUAGGCACUAAAACCACUGAUGAUAAGCAUGAAAAUCCUAUCCAGACAGUUCCAGCUGUGGAUUCCUCAAAGAAUAAUUCCGCUUCAGCAGUACCAAGUGAUUCAAGUGUGAUUCUAAUGUCUGAUCCUUCUAGUACAAAAAGUGGAGGCAGCAGUCAAGUUAGAAGAGUUCAGAAGUUGAAGGAACCUCAACUUCCAGUAUGCGCACGUGACACAUCACUUAGCUUGAUGAUGGUUCAGUCGCAGAAUUCUUUUAGUGUAGCAACAGUUCGAUAUAAUGCAGCUGACAUUUCUAAAGGAGAAGAAAAAGUCAGAAUAUCGGUUAUAAAUGAAAUCAGUGAUGAGAUCUACCCGCCACAUUUUAACUACCUACCAAGAAACAUUGUCUACCAAAAUGCAUACGUCAAUGUUUCUCUUGCUCGUAUUGGGGAUGAAGAUUGUUGUCCGGAUUGUUAUGAUGAUUGCUUGGCUGCACCACUACCUUGUGCCUGCGCGCGGGAGACUGGAGGAGAGUUUGCAUAUACAUCAGAUGGGCUGAUCAGAAGAGAAAUUCUUGAUGAAUACAUCUCUAUGCUUAAUGAACCAAACAAACACCAUCAUUAUUACUGUAAAGAAUGCCCUAUUGAAAGAAUAAAGAAUGCAAUUUCACCUGAGCCAUGUAAAGGACACUUAAUGAGGAAGUUUGUCAAGGAAUGCUGGAGCAAGUGUGGAUGCAGCAUGCAUUGUGGAAAUCGUUUGGUACAAAGAGGCAUAACGUGCAAUCUGCAGGUAUUUCUUACUUCUAAAGAGAAAGGGUGGGGAGUAAGAACUCUUGACAAGUUGCCAAGAGGUGCUUUUGUAUGCGAAUAUGUUGGAGAAAUAUUGACAAACAUGGAGCUGUAUGAUAGGACAAUCAUGACAACUGGCAAUGCAAGACAUACUUAUCCAGUGCUAUUGGAUGCUGAUUGGGGGUCAGAAGGUGUACUGAAAGAUGAAGAAGCCCUUUGUCUGGAUGCAACUUUUUAUGGUAACGUGGCCAGGUUCAUUAACCAUAGAUGCUUCGAUGCAAAUCUGAUUGGAAUUCCUGUUGAAAUUGAGACACCAGAUCAUCAUUACUAUCAUCUUGCUUUUUUCACAAGAAGAAAAAUAGAAGCUUAUGAAGAACUAACAUGGGAUUAUUGCAUUGAUUUUGAUGAUGAUAGCCAUCCAGUCAAGGCAUUCAGAUGUAGGUGUGGCAGCAGAUUCUGCCGAGACACCAGGAGCCACAGAUCUAGUAUCAUCAGUCUGAUUCUCAGUAUUAUCAGCUAUAUCAGUAAUACAGGCUCUUCUAGUUUUUUAUAUCAUGAUGUUGUAGUUUAUCCUGAUAAUGUUGUUGAUGAUGAUAAUAUUAUUGUUCCAAAUCUUCUUGAUGUUGUAGGUGCUAUUGAUAAUGAUGGAAGUGUAAGGAUUUGUGUUGUAGAGACAAAAUCUCAAGAAUCACUUCCUUUGAUUACACUACCUUCUGAGCCAAUUAAGCAUGUGGUUGCACUUAGUGAUGAUGGAAGUGUAGGGAUGACUCAAGAAUCACUUCCUUUGAUUGUACGACUACUAGAGCUAGAUCCUUUACUGGUUUAA